ACUCGCAAUGUAACCGACGCAAAUAAUCUGUAAUUUUCAGGGUGUAUCAAGCUUGUAGUUGAGUCAGAAGGAGCAGUCAGUAGACGUGGUAUUGUAUUGUAUCAAGAACCGGAGAGAAACAUAUCCAUAUAUCAUAGAAAUAUCUGAGGCAGAGCAGCAAUUGCCCUUGCGUGUCAGGAAUUUGAGAAUUUCAAUAAUGAGUCUGCAGUUGUGUACAAUAAAUCCAAGCUUAAAGGACCUUCUCCGCAAAUUCAGAUUUCGCCGUGCUACAACCAAUGCUGCUAUCAUAAUGAAAGUAGACCAGCAGUCUUCAGAGAUAAUCUUGGAGGAAGAACUGGAUAAUGUAGAGGAUAUGGACGAGCUGCGGAACUCCAUCAAAGACACUCAACCUCGGUAUGUCCUCAUUUCCUGGCGUAUUGAACAUCAAGAUGGUAGGGUUUCCUAUCCAAUGGCCUUCAUCUUCACAACACCAAGAGACUGCCAGCCACAACUGCAGAUGAUGUAUGCUGGGAGUUACAACCACAUGAUCAAGGAAUGUGAGCUUACCAAGGUGUUCCAAAUACGAGACUUAGAAGAGCUGGAUGAAGAAUGGAUUCAGACAAAUCUUGUAAAGUGAAGAAGGUUAAUCAAAAACAACUAAGCCUAGAUGCAUGUUGGAUAGUGAAUUUAUAUGAUUUUGAAAUCUCCAUUAACUUUUUUAUAUCUUUGUAAGUACAUAUAGUAAUUGAUUUAUUGACUGCAGUCACAUAUGAGAACACUUUUCUGAAGAUAUGUAACAGUAUAAGACAACAGUACUUUGAAACAAAGAUUUUAUCAAAUUGUUUUUUCUACAGUUUAUACUCUGUAUAUAUUUUUACUGCCACCUUAUUCAGCUACCCAUAACACCUUUAUUAAUUAAUGAAUCUGUUACUGUUUCACACUUGUGCACCCUUUCUUAGGCCUCCCAUACUCUUCCAUUGAUCACACCAGAGUUGCAUUACCAUUUGAGGCCACUGUUAUAUUUUAGCAGUGCUAUCUCCUUGCAAAAAAAAAAAAAAUGCUUCUGUAUAAAUCAGUCCAGUUUGCAAAAUUCGUCUUUAAAAAUCUGUGUGCUAAUUCAAUCUCUCCAAGAUACCAAAUGAAUUUAGUUGUUAAAAUUUGUGUUGUUAAGUAGAAGUAUAAGCUGAUACUGUACACUACUUUAUUUUUAGCGGCACAAUAACCAUAAUUCUAUAUUUGUACAGUAUAGUACUCUAAAGUUUUUUAUAUAAAUUCCCUGAAGUUAGAUCUAAUUUUCUAUUAAUUGUACGUAUAUGCAAUGUAGUGUAUAAUGUAAUUUAAUUACUUAAAAUAUGAAUUUGACUUGUGCUCUCUGCAGCAUCAUCUGUUAAUUCUGUGAUAAGCAACACAAAUAAUAGUAUAAAAAUGCUAGUACUGUAUAAAUGAUUUUGUUUUGUUAAAAUGAUUUUAUUUGAUAUUAAUUCUGGAUAAUAACACUUAAUAAUCUUUUCAGAUCAUUCUUGUCUCAAAAGAAUUUGAAUUAAAGCUUCUUACGAUAAAUAUAGUGCAAAUAUCUUAAAAAAUACACAGCAAUAGAAUAUUCCAAGGAGGAAAGUUAAGAAACAGUGUUUACCUUGGGUGCAUUAUGGUCACAAUGCAGUUCAAUGUAAACUAGGAAGAGAAUAAAUAUUGUUCGGUGUGCCAUUGUUAAUUAUAGGUAAUUUUUUUUUUUUUUAAAUUUUGGAAGUACAGGUGGAAUGUGACUGUUUUUAGCAUUUACAGUGAGCUGGUUCAUUAUAGUAAAAACCAAGGUCAAAUCUAGUCUGGAUAUGAAUGAUGGAAGUACAAAUGCACAUCCUUCUCGUUGGAAGUACAGUGGACCCCCGGUUAACGAUAUUUUUUAAUUCCAGAAGUAUGUUCAGGUGCCAGUACUGACCGAAUUUGUUCCCAUAAGGAAUAUUGUGAAGUAGAUUAGUCCAUUUCAGACCCCCAAACAUACACGUACAAACACACUUACAUAAAUACACUUACAUAAGUGGUCGCAUUGAGAGGUGAUCGUUAUGCGGGGGUCCACUGUAUAGAUUGAACUUGAAAGUAAAGAUGGCAUGUAUAAAUAUAUUUAUAUAUACCAGCAUAUAGUAACUAGCAAGUGCAUGUAUGAAGUACAUGUAUAUAUUUUCAUGUAGAGUAUUCUGUCAAGGAGUACCACUCAGUAAAUAUGGAAUGUUUUCAUUGUUUUGAUUUGUAGUACCAUAUAUACUCGAGUAUAGGUUGAGGUUCUAAGACAAAAAUUUUAAGACAAAGUGGGGAGAGCUGACCUGUUCUUGAGCAAUACUUUGGAGAGAUUAAAGUCAUUACAUGUUGAGGGCCUUCAGUGUCAAGGGCACAUACACACUUGGUAACUAUAUUCCAUCUUAAAUAUACAAAUAAAUUUGAUAAUAUCCAAUAGUUUCAUUUGUGCCACCCUCUUCCUUCUGUUUGUUUACAGUGCAACUUGGGAUCACUGCAGAGUUGCCAGAAAGGGCACUGUUCUCAUUGUCAAGACAAACCAGUGCUUAAUUUCUCUUUUCACUUUAUCAGUAUGAAAUGCAAAUCAUAGUUGCAUAGGAUAAUGUAAACAAAUGUUAUUGAUCAGUAAUUGCAUGGGGGGGGGGGGAGAGGGUGCCAUUUGUUCAUCCCCAAAUCCUUUUUUUUUUUUUUUUUUUCAUGGUCAACUAUCCCAACCAUCCUUCCCCAUCCUAUCCUAUCUGCCAACCACAGUUUUUUUUUAGUUUCUAUCAGGCAAACUUGUUGGAUGUGAUUAGGACCUCCCUAGCCUGGGCCAUUGGGCUUGCUACAGUGCACUUCUAUUUGUAUUUAAUUGUCAUAUGAAUAGGACUUACCUAGCAUGGGCCAAUAGCACAGGGAACUGAAUGCCUGGGGUGGUGGGGCAGACACAAAAUUUUCUGAAUUUUGUUAUGGCAAACUAUGCCCAAAAUAAGAGAAAGUAGUGAAACCAGUUGAUUGUACAGUUUUAUAUAGUAUAGGAUGAUUAUGGGUAUCUGCAGUCUUACAUGACACUAUAAGUACUACUAAAGGAUACAAAAACAUUCUUGUCAUAUUUUCUACAGGUAUUGUCAUAUCUUCCAUGGUGUGCACAUUUUUAAAAGAAAAAAUAACCCACCUUCUGCCUGCCUCCCAGUGAAAACAAGUUUCAUUUGUGUAUUUAAAGAUGAAAACAGAUUUAAUGUUUGCUUUUUGAUUAAAGGUAAUUCCUGUGUAUGUGAAAAUUAUCAAAUUGAGAUCUUUUAUUUUUUUUUUUUAGUUUUAAAUCUCACCCUUACCUUCUGACCUGUAUGUUGAUGCAUUGGCCAGUAGGCCUACUGCAGUUCUGCUUUGUUCUUAAGUUAUUAUGUAAUGGAUAUGAAUAAGAUCUGUCCAGCAUGAGUAGGUCUUAAGCAGUGCUCAUUAUGUUUAUCAUGUGUUUUGACUAACUGUUUUUCUGCUUUUGUCACAACUAAAGUUUUCAACCCUAUUUUUACAUUUUUUUGUAUAGUUUCUUUUUCAGGUUUUGGUUAGAAUAUAUUUUGCAUCAGAAUCAUUUGAUUCCUUUAAAGUCCCUUAAAAUUUUGAUAAACCUAUACUUGAUAUGUAUGAAAAUUAAGGGUUUUCUGGCAAAAAGCCGAGUCAACUAUACAUGCCGUCAGGUUAUACUCGAGUAUAUACUGGUAUGAAAUGUAGCGUAAACACAUAAACACUAUUAUUUUUUCAAGUAAUGAUCUUUGUAGUGUGGUAUUUCAUUGUAUGCAAUAAUUGUAUAAAAUCAUGUUAUCUUUUCAUGUGCACAAAAUGUAAUUAUUAAAUAUAAUUGACUUAAUUAUCUUGGGUGUAACAACAGUAUUGUUUGUGUGUGCACAUGGAUGCAUGUGUGGGUGUGUGUGUGUAAAAAAUAUAUUACUACUACAUAUAUACAUUUGUAUGUACUCAUUAGCUAUUUCCUACCAUUACCCAUUAGAGGAUGAAGCAAAGAAAGAACAUGUUCACUACCACUGUCCAACCCUUUUCAGAAGAGCAUUCAUAUUGACUGACCAAACUACAACUUUUUCACCAUACUUUCAAAUUGUAGGAGCUUCCCAAUCUUGCAAACUAAAGUCUGACUAGCCAUAUUACCUACAUCCCUUCAAAGUUAUUACUGUACUAUGCCCAUACUUCAAUAGUAAGUCAAAGCCCACUCCAGUCUAACAUGCUCAUAUAUGAUAAACAGAUGGAGGGUCAAGCAUCAGUCAUGCCUUGCCUUGCACCAAGGAUGCCUCAUAGGUUUAAGCCUCUACCUACCCUUCAGUAAUGUACAUCCUUCAAACCCACCUUCCCACUUUUCCUCAGAUUAUCCCCUACCUCUUCCAUCCACCUUAAAUAUAUAUUCACACUCUUGAACCUGCUUUGAUUUUAUUUGUAACUGUUCUAAAUAUGUGCUGAGAACAUUGCCAUCAAAAUUAUGUUUGAGGGGAAGAAGUGUAUGGUAAGGUGGGUAUAAGCUGGACCAUGUUAUGAGGCUACCUGCCAAGCAGUAUAAUGAAACACUAAGUAUUACUGGGAUGAGGGGAUGGGGGUAUUGUGUGGGUUCAGAGAGCAACGUGAACUGGAAUUUCUACUGGCAUAUGUGAAAAAUGUGUCGAUUCAAAAACACAUCGGAAUUUGAUGAUUCUUGUCAUGUAUGUUUGGCUAUUUAGAAUGUUUUUACUUAUACACAAACAAUUAUUGUUAUUACAUUAUUAGGAUUAUAACUAUUGUUAUUGCAGUACAUUAUUAUUAUUAUUAUUACAGUAUUAUGAUUAUUAUUAUUAUUUUCAUUGUUUUUGCUGUAUUAUACUACUCUGCUUAUUGUUAUUAAUAUUUUUGUAAUCUCUACUUUUUUUAGGAUGAUAGUCAAAUGUAGCAAUGUUCUGAUAUAUUACGUGGAAUUUUUCUAUAGCAUAUCAAAAAGUGUAGAUUAACAUCAUAUGAAGUGUAGCACAUUAUCUAGAAAAUUUGAAUGCAUCAUUCAGAUUUUAACCAGGGGUAGCACAACAUAAUCAUGAAAGCAAAAUUAGACUGAAGAUCAGCACUUUGUAUGGUGCACCAUCUUGGCAAAUGUAGCACAUCAUUUCUCAGUUAGGUAAAACAUUUUUACACAUGUAAUACAUUGUAGGAACUUUUGAAUUUUCUUCAGUGAAACCUGGAUAAAGUGUCAUAUAAUGUUAGCCUUAUAGGUGCAGUAUAGUGUUGCUGCAAGUUCUUUACUUCUUACCUAUUGCACCAACUUUAAUUUCCAAUUUUCUCUCGUACACCUUCUACCCUUCACUCCUAACCUUCGCACGUUCCUACUUUUGUACAUCCCUCUCCUCAGCACUCUCUGAACCUUACGGGUUUUAUGCUGAUCUCGAUUAUAAUAAUUUAAUUCUUAAACUAAAGAAUUUCAAGUUUAUUUACAUGUCCUGGAAGGAAUAAGGAAGUGGUAUUUGGCAUGGGAAAAUUACAAUGUUACUGUUAAUGCCAUAGUCAAAUCAAAUGCUUUUGGCCUACAUUUAACACCUUAUAAAACAGUGGAGGUAUUGUAUAUAUCUGUUUAUGCUUCUAGGGAUCAUCACCCCUAUGGCUCUGAAAUAUUUCAGGAAUAAGACCUAUCUAGUAUUAAGGAAUAAACAGUGAAGUAAAGCUAAGUGCAAAGAUGUACCUGCCAUCUCAGGUGAUCAUGAGACUGGAAUUAAGACAAUAUUUAUUCCACAGUAGGCCAAAUUAAUAAAUAAUGGAUACAAUUUAGAUUUUUGUAUAAAAGCUUUGGAAUAACUUUUUUAAGUUGACAACAUGAUACAACUUAAUACUAAUUACCUCCAUAUUCCAUAAUUCAUUGACUGAAUGUAAAUAUUUAUUCCACUAAAAGUUUUUAAUGAAAUCAGUAUUAUAUUAUUAUUUGCUGGAUAAUUUUCUGCAAUAGUCUUUAGGUCUGUAGUGGCUGUGAAAAAUAGUUUUUAUAAUAAUAACAUAGUACUGUACUAUAUAUGUAGUACUUUGAAGGCAGAGUUACUCAGCAAAACUUAAUUUUUAUUAAAUUUUCCAGUUCUGCUUAUCUUAUUGAUUGAUGCUACUUUCAUGUCACUACAUAUAGUAUGCAUAUUUUUUUACUUUCAUCCAAAACUAACCCAACACUCAACUUAACCUUACUCAAAUUUAAGUGGCCCAUUUUGUACAGUCUAGUGUAACCCUGCCUAACAUUUGUAAAGUUAGUUUAAUUUUAGUAAUUUUUUUAACAAUAGCUAUUUGAUACCAAGGCAGGGUGACCCUGAGAAGAAAACACAUUCACCAACAUUCAUUAGUUGCCGUUUUUCUAAGUUUGUAUUAUUUAUUAUAUAUGAAAUUGAUUCAUUUUGCAAUGUGCCAGUUGAUUUUUAUGAAGUUGAUAAAAUUAAAGCAUGGUCACCUGACAAAAUGAUCCUUACCAACUGGGCCAGUUGGCAGGCUGUAUCUUAAGAAUCAUGACAUAUAUACAUGCAGUUGACUCUUAAAAACUUCCUCUAUAUGGUAUGAUUUUUUUGUUAAUGCAAUUAAAAAAGUACAUCCAAAACAAAAUAGUGUACAGUGAAGGCCUUUCCACACACUAUUCAGUCUUGCAUGUAUAUGCUGUACUUUACAAAAAAAUUGCUUUAUAGAGACAAGCUUAAGAGCUAAUUGGACAUUAUAUAAUGGAUAACCUGUUGUGUAUGAAUAGUGUGAUAAUGAUUUAUUUUAUAUGCUGAUAUUAUGCAAUUAUAUAUUGUGCUGAUAAUAUUUAAGUAGUCUGUGAAUGAAUAGUUUAGUUAUUACUUACUCAGGUGUAUUACAAGGAGACAAUAUUGUUUAUAACCUGAAAAGUUUAUCAUAAUAAGGUGAUAAUAUUGAUUAUAAUAUGGGGACAUUAUAUAUUGUGAAGUGGCUAUGUUUUUACCUACAUAGUUGCACCAAGAUGUGCAUGUCUUAGUGUGCCAUAUUAUUAUAGUUCAAGUGCCAUGAUGGAAUCUUCACAUACCAAAGUUCAUUGAUUUCUAAUGUUUUAAUUCACAAUGGUACAUGUUAUUAAAACCCUAAAUUAUGAGAGCUGUAACAAUUAUCCAUAAGUAAAGACUUUAAUAAAAAUGCAAUACAUGUUUUUAUGUAUUCAAAAAAAGUU